AGAACCAUCUCCUGCCGAGGUUGAGAAUGGCUAUUAUCAACCAAUCCCCUCGCGACGCUGGUAUCAUCUUAUCCUCGACGGUCUUACUCCUAUGGCCCUGAAACUUCGCUCUCAACCUCAUCCUCACCAUCCUUUCGUCUCUCAGAGUUCUCGUAACUCGAUCGCCAAGCGGAAACAAGAAUAUAUCAUCACAGAGACUCCUAUACCGGAGUCAGGACUGGAGUCCUUGGUUACGAGAAGAUUUCAAGUAAUUGCAGUCCUCAGAUUGGCAUGCUNNGGCAUUUUACAUAUUGUGUCGUAUCUCUUCUAUGGCAACGCUCUGCUCGUGGAGACCAAUUUUGAUUUCUUGCCAGACUGGGGGCACUCGGGAANNAAGAUUGGAGAUGGCCUAGCACAUUACCCUACUGAUGCUACUCGAGAUGUCCUGCCAAUUCGANGACGAAUUCCUUUGUACGAGGCUUUGCAUUACGGGUGCACAGGUGUCGAGGCAGACGUUUGGCACAUCGGAAAUGACCUAUUUGUGGGCCACAGUACAUCCGCCCUCACUCCAAACCGUACAUUCCGAAAUCUCUACGUGGACCCUCUUAUUGCGCUGUUGGAAAAACAGAAUCCUGCCACGUUGUUUGCUGACACCAAGAACCAUGGAGUCUUCGACGAGGACCCAAAUCAGACACUGGUCCUACUCGUCGAUCUCAAAACCCAUGGUCCGGACACUUUUACGAAAGUGGAAGAGCAGCUCGAAGGUCUUCGCGCGAAGGGCUACCUCACCUACUUCAAUGGUACACACACCGUUCCCGGAGCGAUCACUGUGGUCGGAACAGGAAACACGCCCUUUGAUCUGGUGACUGCCAACACAACAUACCGCGACAUUUUCUACGACGCUCCCCUGGGAAUGCUAUACGAGUCAUCACCAAUAUCAAUACCCGACAUCAACAUCGACCCUAAAUUGCACCACCUGACAGAAAUCGACGACUAUCAUCCUUCAUUAGCAGGUCAAGGUAAAACCGGUCUGCCCGCAAACACACCAGCCUCCGCAUUCAACGCCAGCACAUCCUACUACGCCAGCAUAAAUUUCAAGCGCUCCAUCGGCCGCGUUUGGCGCGGUAAGCUCUCGCGCAAACAAAUGAAAAUCAUCCGUGGACAGAUCCGGGGUGCCAAANAGGCAGGCCUCAAAGCAAGGUAUUGGAAUACACCGGCUUGGCCUGUUAGUCUGCGAAACCACAUCUGGCAUAUUCUGGUGCAGGAGGGUGUUGGUAUGCUUAAUGCUGAUGACCUUGAGGGUGCUGCGAUAGAGGACUGGAGGCGUUGGAAGCAUGAGUGGUCUGAU